GGGGCGGGGAGGCCGUGCCAUGGCUCCCAAGACGGUGCUGAUCACCGGCUGCUCCUCCGGCAUCGGGCUGGCGCUGGCCGUGCGGCUGGCGCGGGACAAGCAGCGCCGCUUCCGAGUGAUCGCCACCAUGAGGAACGUGGGCAGGAGCGGGGCGCUGGCGGCGGCGGCGGGGCCGGCGCUGGGCAGGACGCUGGAGAUCAAACAGCUGGAUGUGUGUGAUGAGGGCUCCAUCCGUGCCUGCCUCGACAGCAUCCCCGGGCGCCACGUCGAUAUCCUGGUCAGCAAUGCCGGGGUGGGCAUGGCAGGACCCCUGGAGUGCCAGAGCCUGGCAGCCAUGCAGAGUCUCAUGGACACCAACUUCUUCGGCCUCGUCCGCCUGGUCAAGGAGGUGCUGCCCGACAUGAAGCGGCGCCGCGCCGGCCACAUCGUCGUCAUCAGCAGCAUCAUGGGCCUGCAGGGCAUCGUCUUCAAUGACAUCUACUCGGCCUCCAAGUUCGCGGUGGAGGGUUUCUGUGAGAGCCUGGUGGUGCAGGCGCUGCGCUUCAACGUAGCGAUCAGCCUGGUGGAGCCAGGGCCGGUGAUGACAGAAUUUGAGACCAAGUUGUACGAGGAAGCUGAACGCGCCGACUACUCACGGACCGACCCCGAGACGGCCGAAAUCUUCACCAAGCUCUACCUGAGGAACUCCAGGGAUGUGUUCACCAGCCUGGGCCAGACCCCCGAGGACAUUGCAGAGCACACCCUGCGGGUGAUCGAGGCGGCGCGGCCGCCGUUCCGGCACCAGACCAACGUGGCGUACACACCGAUGGCCGCGCUCAAACACGCCGACCCCAGCGGCGCCCUCAUCACCGACGCCUUCUACAAGCUGGUGUUCAAGUACGACGCGGUGCUGCGGUUCGGCCUCCGCGCCAUCCGCCUGCUCCGCUGGAAGGCUCAGAAGGUCAAGGCGGGUGCGCGGCUCCUGGGCUUCAAAUAAGCCCUUGUGGCCCCUGGGCAAUGCCCAGCCCAUCCCGGGGGCGGCGGAGAGGGACCGGGACCCGUGCAGGGUUUCGCUUCCCGUUCCCGGCCCGAAAUAGCUCCCGCCGCCGCCACAUUAAAAUGGGGAGGGUAUUUAUAACCAGAGCAGGGUGAGCAACGCAGAGCAGCUUCCUCCGGGAGUGCAGCGGCCGUGACGGGGCUGGGAAGGGCUGGCAGCUGCCCCCUGCCUGCCUCCUGCUCCCCUGGGACUCCUGUACCUCCGACCCGCGGGCAUGUGACACCCAGGGGACCUCACCCGGUCACCCCCUAGCGCUGCAUCCUCCUCCCUCCAGGCACUGCUGUGGGGUUGGGAAUGUCCCAUGAUGGGGAGUCCUGUGCCACUGAGCCCUGGGGCAGCACAGGGGGUGCAGGAGGUGGUGGGAGGGCUGAGAGCAGAGUGUGAGGGGUGUGUGGUGUGCUCAGAGGGGCACGGGGGUGGCGUUUGGGGUGCGAAGGGGGUGGAGGUCCCACCUUUGGGGUGCAGAGUGGGGGUGGGAUGUAUGGCAAAGCCCGGGUGCAGGGUGGGUGGAGCGGAGCCCAGCAGCUCACCCUGCCCCAGGGGCUCCCCUCCAGCUCCCGCUGGGUGAUGGCAGGGUGGGUUCACCCUGGGCGCUGGCGUGUGGGUGCUUGGCGUGACAACACCGGGAGGUGAGUGCAGGGGGAAACCGCAGGAGGCCCGGCAUGAAUCAACCCCGCUGCUCAGAAACCUUCCUGGCUCCCCCUGCACUCCCCGGCACAGCCCCCGGAGCCCGGGAGGGACCCCCAGCCCCACUUGAGAGGGCUGGACACAGCAGCCGCAGCUCCGUGUGCCUCGCACGUGGCCUCUCCACGCCCCGCCGGCUCCAGGGACCGUGGGGACAGGAUGGAGGUGGGGAAGGAAAUAUUUUUGCAUUAUCCCCCCCUUCUCGCACGAGCUAAUGGCAAAGCGGCAGCGGGACCGUGGCCCAGGGGUGAUGGCAGCACCUGUGGGACGUGCAGGGGUGACAUCAAAGUGGUGACAGUGUCGCUGCCUCCCCCCGCUGCGGUUUCUGCAGAUUUGACUAACUUUCUCCGCUUGGGGGGCAGGAUGGGGGGGUAGGCGUGACUCUACCCGGCCCCCGGGGAGCAGCAAGGGGGGGCCCCUGGCACAAAGCCACAGCUGUGGGAAACGGGGCUGAGGGAGGACAGGACCCCCCUCAUGCACCCCCACGGUGUCCCCCAGUGCUCAGGAGAGCAGCGAUGGUACUGGGGGAGCUGGGGGAGCUGGGGGAGCCCCAGAUCUCAGUGCGGGCGGGGUUUAGGGGGUCUGGGGGGCAGCAGUGGCAGCCCCAGCCCCGCUCCCAGCUUUGCUCACUGCGAUCCUGGGCAGAGAGAGGGGGGAGCUGCUGUGGGUGAGGGGAUCCCCAAGGGGUUGUGUUUGAGGCUGAGGAGCAUCACCUCCCACCUGGAGCAUCCUCUGGCCAUGGAGCAUCACUCCGAGCCCAGCGCUAUCGCCCCCAUCCCACCACGGCCGCAGCCCCGCGGGCACCGGGGUGGAGGCGCUGCCGCAGGGGCUGGAGCCGUGCGGGUUGGAAGCAGAUUCUUGUGAAAGCAAUCGUCUGCUGGGACUUUCCUGUCGCCGGCGUGUGACAAUUGCCAGCCGCUCCCCGUGUCCUCGAUCCCCCGAGGAUUUCGCUGCCAGGUGCCGACUCGCUGCCAUGCAAAUGUGACGCCCGAUAUAACCCGGCUGGAGGGGCCGGUUCGGCUGCUCCCCGGGGGCUUCACUUCCCUCCCGGCGCAGCGAGGGGGGCACCAGGCGUGACACAAACCUGCUGCCCCCGUCCUGGUGCCCCGGUGACAGUCACGGUCCUGUCCCGGCGUGUCCCCGUGGGGUCUCCGGGGCUGCCGAGCUCUCCCGGUGACGCUGCCAGAGCUGGGGACACUCCCAAUGUCCCUUCCCUGAGGUGGCUCUGCUCACCCCCUGCCCCCCGGAUUUGGGAACCCGACCCACGCGAGGGUGGGAAAGCGCCGCCGGGUCCCCGCCGGGCCGGCGCGGGGAGCGUGACUCAAUGCGCGGCUGGGGAAUUGGGACACGGAGGAGGUGGUGGCAGUGACUCAGUCCUGCCUGUCCCCUCCCGGCACCGUCGGGUUUUUGGGUGCUGGACCGCUCCCCGUGGGAGCAGGAGCCGGCCGGGAUGCUCCAAGGAUGCAGACCAGCAGCAGGAAGUUUUAUGGGAUUUUUUGUGCGUUAGGAAGCGUGUUUCAACACGACGACGGGAGAAACGAGUUCCUCUGUGCUCUAUCACGAUUACAGCUAUCAGCAGAUAAGAAUCUCUCUGUCACAACACCAACUGAAAGUUUCUGCAAGCCUUUAAAGGAGUUUGGCUCCAGGAAGGAGAAGGCUGAGGGGUUUUGGAUCAAACCGAUCCCUGCUAGGGGACAAAUCAGCAUUGGAAGACGCCGUGGAAUUCGCUGUCCCCAACCCCGAGCCCUCUCAGUCUCACCCAGCCCUCGGAAUCUCCCGGUAGCAGCGGGGGGGAAGAUCCUUCAGUGUUUGAGUCGCGCCCAGGCUGGGAAGGAAGUGAAGGGAAAAGAAAAAAAGGAUCCUCUGACUUUCUUCUCGUUUUUUUUUUUUUUUUUCGUCUCUGUUUCUCAAGCGUGUCCAGCUCUUGCGGCAGAAGGUGUCAGGGGGGAAUGAAACAAGCGCGAACAACGUCAGCCUGGUAAAGCAGGUGCUAAAAGGGCCGGGGGGUUGGUGCGAGCCUCCACCCUGCGCCGCCGGGAUGUUUCCAUGUGGCUGACACAGCCCCGGCACCCCCGGGAACCAUGAGCCCACCCCAGAGCCCGGGAGUGGGGCUGAGCUGCCUCCACCCCACAGCUCUCGGCUUAAAUCGUUCCUCUACCAACCAAAACUGCGUCCAACACCAUUUUCCAGCAGUCAGAGGAGCUGACCGUGUUAUUUUACACCUCUGGCUGUAUCAGUUACUCCACUGAGUAACCGGUUCUGCUGAGCACAGCCUCCACCAUGGCUCAGCACCCCAUGGGGACACACAGGUUCCAUCACACCUGUGGGAUUUACAGGUCCCAGAGGUGAUGGGCACCAGCAGCUCUGGCCCCAGGGCUCGUUCCCACUGCUCAGCCAGCUCUGCUGAUCACUUCCCUGCUCUGUGGACAUUUGUUGACUGACUUUUUUAAAAUGUCAAUAAACCUUAAGGCUCAUUUCUCGGUGCCAAUCCUUCCCUGAGCCUCCCCUGGCCACUCUUGGGGUGUAAUUCAUCAGUAAAUGAAGAACCAAGGGACACACCAAGGCACUGGAGAAUGCUCCAAACCUGUUCCAGUCCAAAAUAUUUAAGCCAAAAGCAGAAUAAAUCAGGCUCCCAACCAGUA